ACAGAGAGAGAGAGAGAGAGAAUUGAAAGCCAGAAGAGGGAGAGGGUGAGACAGAGAAACAGUGAGAAGGUUGAGAGAGAGAGAGAGAGAGGUCGUGGGCAUGAAGAAGAAAUGUGAAAUAGUGAGAAAGGAACAGACUCUCCAAUUGCAUUUUGAAAAAAUGAGCUUUUCAUGGCACUGCCAGUCUCACCCAAUCUCAAACCAGUGGAAAAGAACCUGAGGAGCUACAUUUGAGAAGAUCUCCAGGUCAGCAUGGAGAACCACAGAGCGGAGAGGAGCAGAGGAGAACACACACACUCAGACCUCCUGCAGGAGGAGCACCAGCAGGAAUCCAAGCUUUCAACAAAUUACCGAGAUCACCACAGAUGCCCACAGGAGGAGCCCUGAAACACACAGGAAGCUGAAGUGGGUGCAGCGCGUGGCCGAUGUUCUGCGCCGUGUGCCGGGCUGCGGGUUUGGGCCGUGGAGGUCGUGGACUGCGGUGGCUCAGGGCGAGAGUGCGGCGCAGGAGUGCUGUACUCUUCCUCCUGUUCUGGCUCGCCUCAUGGCUCUUUCUCAGCGGCCUGCUCUUCGUGCACACCACCAUGUUUUCUGAUUUCUGCACCGAUGAGAAGAGCAGGAGGAUUCUCCAAAGACUGUGUGAGGAAUACCAGCAAGGUGUUUUAACAGGUGACCUGUGUGAAGACCUUUGUGUGGGCGGUCACGUGGAAUACAAGCGCUGCCUCUACUACGAGAAUGGAAAGAAGGUCAUGGGGGCCAGCUGGCGAGGCGUGCCAAUUGUCCUCAAGUCCAAGCUUGAGAACUUCUCCUCCUAUGAGGCUUUGGCUCUGCUGGAGUACCAGGACACAGCAGGUGAUGUAGGAACUGAGGAGGAGCUUUCACCACUGGAUGUUGUGUUUUAUGCAACUUUGCAGAUUAAGAACUUGCUGGGCCUGGAGGCUGGGAGUAACCUGACGCUACCAAGGCUUUGGGGCCAGAAACUAAAAAAAAGGUCCCAGUCGUACUCGAGGGCUGAGCUGGCUUCGCUCUGGGCUCUGCUCCAGCAGGAGGAAUACGCCUUUCUCCGUGUGAUGCAGGACCUGACGGACCAUGUGGCCAAGGUGCUGGGCUCCUGUGGCCAUUUUUACGCAGUGGAAUAUCUUGCUGCUGGUCACGCAUGGGACCAGAAUAUCUUCUCGCUGGAGGAGUUCUCUCAGAGCCCAAAAAGUGGAGAAGAACAGACAAUGACUGAGAUAGACAUGGUGCCUCGAGUUGCCUUGAGCUUCUUGGACAUGGUGGACCACUUUGAGAAUGACUUUUCUCAUCACUUGCACCUUUGUGAUAUCAAACCGGAGAACUUUGCUAUCAGGAAGGACUUGACGGUGGCAGCUAUAGAUGUGGACAUGGCCUUCUUUGAGCCCAAAAUGCAGGAUAUUCUUGAGCAAAACUGCACCAAUGACAACGACUGCAACUUCUUCGACUGCGUCUCUAAAUGUAACACAAAGAGAAACAAGUGUGGAUCAAAACGCAAAAACAGCAACCUUCAGGUGAUCUGUGAGAAGAUCUUCCGCUCGUGGUUCUCUCCCACGCUCCUGGGGGAUAAAGCAGGGCGCCCCCUUCAGGUAGAGCUCCAGCAGGCGGUGCAGGAUUGUGUGGAGACAGAGGGAGGCGAGAACGCAGACCGUGCCCGGAACAUAAGGUUGCACCUUCAGGGCCUUCUCAUGCAGCUCAUCCAGGAGGACUUGGCCAGUCAUCAGAGCCGAAAACAAGGACACGCAAAACGUUGCAUCCAUACAGCACUCAAUUUCUGAGAGGUCACAUGAAAAUGAUGCUGAGUAGUGAUAAAAUAAUUCAAAUUAAACUCAUCUCCAGAUUAUAGUUUAUUUUGUGUAGCUGGUUUACCCUUCAACUGUGCAGUUUUAAAGUUAGUUUUCAGUUUCUUGUUCAUUAGAGGAAAAAAAUGUGUGUAUAUAUAUAUAUAUAU